GGUGCGGGGGCGACCCUUGUUGAGAUUUCGUAGUCCGCUUGGGUGAGGCGCGCCGCACUCGCGCGUUGAGCGUCUGCGCGUGCGCUGUGGGAAAUGUAAAGCGGCUCGCCGCGCUGCCCUGCGUUGGGCGGACUGAGGAGGCAGCGAUGCAGCGGCGCGCAAUCGACACUCAAGCGGCAUCAUUCAUACUAAUAACAGCCACGAUAACGACAUAGCGAGUUUGAUCAUUCGCGUGGUACUACCCGAGUCAUCACAGCCGCAGGCCUUGCCGAGCCGGGGACGGCACCGUGUCUUCGUAGGCGGCUAUUUACAAUGAGGUUCUCGGCUUGUUGUGAUUAAAUAGGUGUUAGCUAGCGCCUGACAAUAGUAACCACCGCGGGUCACCUUCGGCGUCAGCGAUUUCAAAAUCGCGCGCAUUACAAUCAAUUAAUACCCACCGCGGUCAUUAUUUUGCUAAUUUUAUGCACAUUUGAGUCAAUUCUCAUAACAAAAGGCAACCGCGCGCUGCACUGUACUGACAAGCGAUCGGGGCAGAGAGCCGGCGGUGGCGUAACGAGAAGAAAUGGCCGACGGUGGGGCGGAGAAUGGAGAAGCGAGGACGGAGGAGGAGCAGGAGGAGGAGGCGGCGAUGAUGAAGCAGAUGAUGGUGGUGGCCGAGGAGAUGCAGGAGCACGAGGAGGAGGAGUACGAGGCCGAGAGGGCUAAGGUGGCCGCCGGGCUUGCGUGGCUGGCGGCAAAGGCGCGGAGUCCAGAGUCCACCUGCGAGGACCUGCGGGCGCCGUUCUACAGGGACGAGUACAACCAGGAGCACUUGAAGGGCAACGUGGGCGAGCUGCUCGCCUCCGGCGAGCUCUACUGCCAUGUGUUCCAGCAGCAGCUGCACGGAAAUUGCUCCCCUGCUGUGCCGCGGCAGGGCCACUGGGCCGUGAUCCAGGGCCUGGCGCGGCGUGGCCUCUACGUCAUGGAGGAGGAGGACUGCCCCGUGACAGAGGCGGACUUGCAGAACAUCCCCAUCCGCAUGAGCUGCCAUCUGGCCAUGCUGGACUCUCUGAUGCUGGCAUGCGCCGUGGAGCAGAUGAGCAUCGAGAAGGUGGUGACGAGCGUGCGCAGGUUCUCCGUCGUCUCGCCACGCGAGCUGCCCUUUGACCUCGAUGGGGCCAUGCUUCUCUGGAUCAAUAAGGUUAACAUGAAGUUGAAGGAUUCUGUUGAAAAGGAGCAGAAGCAGAGCGUUGCAGAGGGAGCUUGCCAACAGAAGUCUCCGGCCAAGUGGUACUGGAAGCUGGUUCCUGUGCGAUAUCGAAAGGAUCAGUCCGUGUCGAGGCAGUUACCAGUCAUCCCAGUGCUGCGCAGCCUGUCUGAGAUAUCUGAUGGAAGAGCCCUCCUCAGUCUAAUCCACUACUACUGCCCGGAACUGCUUAGGCUAGAAGACGUGUGCCUGAAGGAGAGACUCAGCCCCACAGAGCGAAUGUACAACAUUCGACUGCUGAUGGACGUUUCUCAGCAACACUUUGAGGGCUGCCUGCUGCUCACGCCCUCCGACCUGCUGCGCUGUCCACCUGCUCUCAAGACAAACAUCAUGGCUUUUGUGGCCGAGUUGUUCUGGUGCUUUGAGGUGGUGAGACCAGAGUUUGUGUGUCCAAGGGAACCCCUCGAGCAUUCCACUGACGCACUGCCAAAUUCCGAGUCUGGAUCACUGGCCAUGUUGGACCAAGCUCCUUUAUCACCAGAUGUCAAACAAAGGCCCAUGUCGCAGUCCGUCUCCUUUGAAAUCAAGUUUGAUGACCGACUGAGGGAUGACUCUAAGCCCAUGCCAAAAUCUCGCAGCAAGGACAGCUUGGCAAAAAGACCAAGCAGGGGGCUUGGAAAGGCAUCCCCGGACUUGAUGUCAGGAGAAGAUGACGGAGGAAGGGGGGAGGCGUACCGUGACGAUUUAGAAACGUCCGAGAUGAGGAUUAGUGACUGCAUCCUAAGAAAAUUCGCAUCGGGUCAUGAUAACUUGGCGAACGGCAUGCUGGGGGCGGAGGGCGAACAGUCGGAAGACGACGGCAAGAUGAAGGAGCACGGUUCCUCCGUGCCGUUAAGAAGGAAAGCGAGCAGCCAGCUCCCAGAUAAAUCUGUCACAUUUGGCCCAGUCACGAGUGCUGACGUGCGAAACAUGUCACCUGCAGAGGACGGCUUCGAUGUCCAGUCACUGCCAGUGUUGAGGAGGGUGAAUUCCCCUGCCAAGGUAGCAGCAGCACACCCGCAGGGCAAGGCCGGUGGUGGAUUCUACCUUCACUCAACGGACACCUGGAGUCAACCUGAUGCGAACAGGGCAAGCUUUGUGUUAAACAGUCACUAUGACACGCCAGAAAAAGCCCUGGCGGCUGGACUGCCGGUUGUUGACCCAGUGAAUGGCAAAAAAAGCAGCAUUGUGGAGGUUGAUUCUGACGUGGAUGAUUCUGGGAAACCUCAGUCGAGCGACAACACUGAUGCGAAAGGAGCACAGAGUGAAUUUUUGAGCUCUCCAGUCCCCAGCCCAAGCCCAAGCCCCUGUCCGAGUGUUGAGAGCAAUACAUCUUCUAGUUCGGGCGUCAAAAUGACGAGCUUUGCCGAGAGGAAGUUUCGGAAGUUUAACAGCGCGGAGACCAAGUCCAGCGUGAGCAGUUCACUGAGGUCAACCCCGGACAGCUCGGAGAACGGAUAUCCUCACACUAUCGCCACCAGACAGGGCCGGGGCCACAGAGACCAAGCUUUGCCCAAAGAAUCCGAGCAAGACCAGCAGACGGGGUCCCCUCCCAAUCACCCAUUGGCAUCGGAGGUUGCUCGGCUGCAGAUGAAGCUGGAGGAGAAGCGACGGGCCAUCGAGGCGCAGCGCCGGCAGGUGGAGGCUCUGUGCGCCAAGCAGAGGCAGAAGUUUGGAAAGGAGGCGUUCAUGCAUGUUAUUAAAGGAAGCAAGAAGGAUCGUCUCGACCCCCAAGGCAUCGGAGGGGAUUCGUCGGAGAGCGGCGGCGAGCAAAUGUUGCCCGCCAGAACCCAGUUGGAGGCGCCGGUGGACAGUGGAGCCGAAGACGACACGGUGACAGACAUGUCUAGGCAAAGCCGAGAAGUUGUUGGAGCGGAAGCGUUUGGAGAUGACAGAGCAUCGGAAGAGAUGAUGGGUGCGUGGGCCGCAGAGCCGCGGGAUUAUGAUGAGUCCGGCAGGCUUGGAGAUGGUCUCCCAGUUGAGGUGACCGGUGCAUUGGAGGAGGAUCUGGAAAGGGAAAAUGCAGGCGAGGCAGAUUCUGGGGAGUACAGCCGCUCUAUCUACAAGCUCAACGACACGCUGCGUGGGCUUCAGAGCGAGAUGUUGCGAAUGGCCCAGCAACAGGAGCACCUGCUGCAGAUGAGGGACAGCCAGCAAGCCAUGGCCGAGGCUGAGGCGAGGCUUCCGCAGAAAAAUUACGACACCUAUUCUUUGUCGCCCGCAUCUUCAGGAUCCCCGGCAAAUCGCACGCCGACUCGCCGCCACCUUUCAAAGUCCCCGGCACGGGUGCAGCUCCGAAGCCCGAGAAACAACUCAACACCGCGACCCAACGAGCUGAGGUUCUCCGUCGUAGGUCCGCCCCAGGAGUCUCCACAGCCCUCCCUGGCACGAGUGCUCAGCCCGCAGCCGUACGUCGAUAACCUCAGGCACCGCCGUCGAUACGCGCCCAACGAAGUGCGAAUGCAGACCAGCUCGACCAUCUGUUUUGGCGACGACGAGACCGAAGUUUCCUCCCCUACCAUGUCAAAGGCUGAGUCUGACAGUGACAAGGUUACGGUCUCCAGCGGGAAGUCCACCAUUGACUCCAGGGAUGUGAGCCCGAGCAAAACAGCUUUGAACCUGGCGCCGGGCCGACAGGAUGAACGCGAUGAAGCGGAGGAAGCUGCGGACUUUGAACUGGCACCUCCGCAGCCUAGACAGCCAUUACCCGUCGUUAAAACCCCUUCGCCAAAGGAAGUGCAGAGCAUUGUCGCCAUGGAGAAUCAAUCGUCCAUGGAAGGAUCGCCGGUUAAACUGAGAGGAAGCAGGGCAAGCUCCAACACCAGCAGCCCGGCAAGAGAGGUCGGGACUCCCGCGCAGAGACCAGUGGGAUUGAUUGAAGUGGACCUGUCCGGAAUGAACACCCCCGAGGGCCUCCUGUCGGAAGAUGAUGCAGCGGAGAAUGCUGCUGAUUAUUCCACAGAUGGCGAGCAGAAGGCAGCGCUGGGAUUCUUCUUUAAGGGAGACCAGGGCCCCACGGAAGAGGAGCGCGAGAGGAGGAAGGCGGCCUUCCUGCAGAAGCAGCAGAAGAAGGCGGAGGAGGCGCGCCUGAAGAAGCUACAGAUGGAGGCAGAGGUUGAAAAGAAGCGAGAGGAGGAGAGACGCAAGGCGGAGGAGGACGAGGCGAAGAAGGCCGAGAAGAAGGCGGAUCGCGAGUACGUGCGCGAGGUCUUCCGGCGUCGCCACCAGGACCAGCAGUGGGAGCAGCACCAGGCCCGCACCAAGGCCACCAAAGGCGCCAAGGCCAAGAUCAGGAAGCCCAGGCCCAAGUCGGCGCACCGUGAAGAGGGCGGCAGUGCCAGCCUGUCGCCUUUCAAGCCCGCAGUCGGUGGCGCCCUCAACCGGUUUCACUCGGCAUCCAGCCUCUCCCUGGUUUCCACAACCAACAGCGAGCCGGAGGGUGGCCGUUCCCGACGUCCCAACAGGUCUGGCUCCAUGGAGUUGCUGGAUGCGGAUGGUGCGGGCUCGGGCGAGAGCCCGACUGCAGACAAGGACUGGGACAACGCCUCGCAGGUGUCAUCCCAUGUGUCUGGUGGGGAGUACACAGGUCCAAAGCUGUACAAGGAGCCAAGUGCCAAAUCCAACAAGCACAUCAUCCACAACGCCUUAUCCUACUGCUGCCUCGCCGGCAAAGUAAAUGAGCUGCAAAAACAAAAGGUCAUCGAGGAGCUGGAGCGCUGCGACGCCAACCACUACAUGAUCCUGUUCCGUGACGCUGGCUGCCAGUACCGUGCCCUCUACGCCUUCUUCCCCGAGACGGAGGAGAUACAGCGCGUGACAGGCUUCGGCCCCAAGGCCGUGUCUGCCAAAAUGCUUGACCGCCUCUACAAGUACAGCUCGGACCGCAAGCAGUUCACGUCCAUCCCCGCCAAGACCAUCUCGGUUAGCAUGGACGCCUUCACCAUCCAGAACCACCUGUGGCAACCCCGCCGGCCUUCCUCCACCAUCAUCCCCACCACACCGACGUACUCGUCCUCCACCGCCACUGCCAGCAAGAAGCCGGGUCCUGCCAAGCCCUGAUCCUUGCAGGAUUUACACGUAUUCAUUCAAUCGACUCUUGCACGCGCUGACACCAUGGGCCAUUUGUAUUUAUCCUCCAAAGGGCGACCGAGUUCCGAGCAGAAUUGGUGUCUCAACACUGCCAUGGGCUGAGAAAGAUGACUUCUCAUUGUGGGUUUUUAAGUUAGAUGGAAGGAGACAAUGGAAUACAUACCUGCCUCCUCGAUAGAUUUUUUUUGCCAUCUGAGCUUUACAUUCAAAUUAGGGGUUGGAGACGUUUUUGCCUUGGCCAUAAAAACCUUGAAAUUUCCACUAAACUGCCUCGUGUAGCUAGAAGUGAUAUUUACCUUUGUGUCGACACCGAAAACUGUUUCUCGUAUCAAGAAAAACGACUGGAUAUUGAAUUACUUUUGCCUUUUUAAAAGCCGAAUAUAAAAUGUAGAAUUGGGUAUAAAGGUGCUUCAUGUCAAAAGCCCUGCCAGAAGUUCAAGGAGAAUAUUCUGGUUCUUUAAAAAAAAAUUCGAAUUAUGUUUCAAACCAGAGCAAGCGAUCAUAGUGAUAGAAUAUUUUCUGCGGUUGCAGAGUUAAUCAAAAAUUAAGAAUUUACUCGCAAGGCAAGAUCAUCUAGCAUUGGUUUUAAGGAGCUAAACAUGACACGUCUUGUAAUUGGCUGUAAUUGAACAUUGCCAAUCGAUGAAUAUUAACGUUCAGAGCACAGCUAAUUAAAUCACAUUUUUGGUACUGAAAUUGCUUUGGGGUGUGCCUUACAGUAGACUAAAAUUACAAAACUACUUUUUUUGCUGGCACGUGAACAAUGGGAUUAAUUUGCAAACACUUCGAAAGUAUGGGAUGUGAGGAUUGUGACAUUGUCUUCUAUAAACGGAUUAUUGCAGGAACAUUUAUGAUGUGUGGCGAUAAUAAUGUACAUUUAUAGGGCUUAGACAUAGGAUAGCACAUGCAUUUAACCUACGAAUAGCAUCAAACCAGUACUCAUUAAAAACUGCAUGACAAUAUACAACUGCCCUGUUAUCAAUAAUAACUUAAUAGAUUUACUGGCGGGUUUUUUGUGAGCCAGUUGAUGAUUUUUAUGAUUGGAUUGCAUACAAACUGAACUUCAUUUUUGAAAUAUCCAAGAGUUGCUCUGAAAUUCAGUGACUAAACCAUGACAUUACAUUUCAUGCAUGUACAUAAACUGGCAUUUUUUAAUGUUCAGAAAAUGAAAAUCGAACGUGCAUUCCAAAAGACAAUUUCUAUACUUCAUGCACAUUACCUUUUUUUAUAUGACAUCAUUGGAGAGAGCUGCUUAACAAUGGACCUUGAACAUCUUUUUCCUUGGAGACUUACCCCCAAGGCAAGGAAGUUGAGCAUUUUAAAGCAUUCAACGUUCAAUUAAAGAUAGUCAAUCAUUACCUGUAAUAAAGCAUGACAAUGUGUAUCUGCUAUGACCUUGGGGAGAGAUUCCCAGUCACUUAAUUAUUGCUGUUUGAUUUUAUUUCAUUCACAUACCAACAUUACAUAAUUUCAGUUCAUGGAACUUGAUUAGUUGGUUGAUUUCCACACCAUGUCGGGCCAAUUGCAUAACCCUAACUUUCCCUACGGUGGUGCACAAAUAUAAGCUUACAAAGUGUUGUGUUUUAAAAUAUUGGUAUUUGUUUUGUAUGCACUUAAUUUACUUUGAAUCCACGAAUGGGACACUGAUGAUAAAUGAUCUCUUGGUUCGCGAGUGUUGUAUUGGCUGGUGGCUUGUGUACAUAAUUGAAUUCUCACAUUAAACAUUGUUUACACCCUUUGUUAAUUAGCUGCUGGAUUCAGGCCUCAUCCCCAUGCAAUGUGGAUACAGGAAUGUUUGACCAUGCUAGUCAGUGCAUUAUCACUCACCACCUAUGUUGGCCAUAGCCAGGAAUCAAACUCAGGAAGCCGGGUUCAUGGCACAGUAUGCUGACCACGGCACCACCGCUCUACCCCCGUCUAUAACACUAUCCAUUUGCAAUUAAAAUAACACUGCCAACAGCAAAAUACACUAAAUACCACGUGUGUGCGUGAUACCAGCGCAAUAUUUCCAAGGCUAAAUUUCUCGACAUAGGACAGCCGUAUUCCAUAUACCGCCAGCCAUGUUGAAUACUUCACAACGUCGUACGAGCCCACCAAUGUGUUUGUGCAACGUGAAAGGUGUUUAGAAUGUGAGUGUUGCGGACCGAGGUGCCGAGUGCACUCGCUUGGUUUUGUAUCGUGUGGUUUAAUACUAAACACUCACAUUCCGGUGGAUGUUUUUUUAAUGACACUUUAUGAAAGCGGAGAACAAACUGCGCUGGCACGGAUACUUUAAUUGAGUUAUACAUAUUGUUGUGACUUAAUGCUGUAAAUGUUUUGUAGCCAAAAGGACAAAGUUCAAUGAAAUUUAAAAAAAAUGUUGAUUUAUCUUCCUCUGUGUAAAAGUUUGAAUUUAAUAUCUGCAUAAGUGCAAAAGGCAUUCCAUUUUUUUCAGUUGGCUGCAUAGUUAUCCUGACCAAUGAUGAAACUGGAAUUGGGGUGAAUAUCGUUGUUGAAAUUUCCUUUUGUCACUUUUAACCGGCUGAACGCGAGUUGCUUGCUUUGCGAACAAUGCACUAGUAUAUUAUUUAUAGAGAUGUAUUUAAUCUUGGCAAAUUUUAUUUGCAAACUCUUCAAUGAGAUUCAUUACUUUGGUGGUGUUGGUGCGUGUACGAUUGCAGAUGUUUUUUAUUGGGUGAGUGGGGGGGGACGCUUGGUGUCAUUAUAUUUGAACGCUUAAAAUGUGAUCUGUAUUGAUAGAGGAAGUGAGUAGACUUUCAUUUGCUAAGAUACUCAUGUUGGGAUUUAAGCAAGUGCUGUACUGGUUUAAAUGCAUGCGGAAAAAAAUUACUUAUAAUUUAUAGGUUGAACUUGAGAUGCCAAGGUGAAUGAUGAUGCGAGGAUGUUGAGGGUGAAUAGUUGUGUACAUAGGUGCAGUGUGCACUGAUCUGAUCAUGGCAAGAUAAGAUAGUGUUAUUGCUGGGUUUGCCAAGAACCGUUGUAGUGCUUUUUCCGAUCCUCCUCCUCCCACUGGGUUUUACACUACUGUUCUCCAAGGCCUGUAUGUCAUCGGUACUGGUGUAAACUGCUGUAUAUUUAUUUUAAGCAAGUCUUACGACUCUUAAUAAAGCAUGGAGAUAACUCCUGUUCUGUUUAACACCUAGGCUUUCGCGACCAAUAUCAUCCACAACAGGUUUUUUUUGGGGUUAGAUCGUGUAAAUAUAAUUGUCGUUAAACCCGCCACCAAUUCAAGUUUGUCACGUAAACAGAACAUGCAAUUACUGGAAAAACAUUGUACUCUGAUUGUAAAUGUGGAUUUACUCUCCAACACACCGGUGUGCUGUACCCGUAAUGAAUUUGCGUGUUCUAUUUACGUGACAAACCUUACUAAUUGGCUGUCGUGUGCUAGCGAGUUUUACGACAUUUAUAUUUACGGGAUCUAACCCAAAAACUUGUUAUAAACUCCUGUUCUGACCGCACAACUGCCAGGGCAGCACACUUAUUUUAAACAGCUGUCAGAUGCAGAAA